AUGAGGAUUCCGUACAGCUGCGUCACCACCCACGGCGAGCUUCUCUUCGCAUCGCGAGGCGGCCAGAUCCAAGUCUUCAACCUCGAGGGAGGCGCCCCCCUGUCAACAUGGAACCACCCCGACGCCGAGAAGGAAGCUCUCGCGACCCAAAGCGCGGGGAAGAACAAGGCUGAAGAGAAGCCUCAAUUGGGCCCUGUCGAGGAGCCUCCGGCGAAGAGGCAGAGAGUAGAGCAAGGCGCCGAUGUCAAUGAGGGUGAUGCGCCCGCGCAAGAAACGGCAGAGGGCGAAGCGGAUGCAGGCCAGAAAGGGGAGUCAAAGAAGAAGGACAAGAAGAAGGACAAGAACGCCCAUGCGAAUGUCCAUCGAGAUCCCAUAUCCAAGCGGCCGGAUGUGCACGUCAUCGUGCUGCUGUCCAUAUCACAGGACGGCAAGUAUCUCGCCGCCGUCUCCGGCCACGACAAGACACUAUGGGUCUUCGAGCAUGACGGGGCCGGAACUCUGAAAGAACUGAGCAAGAGGCCCAUGCCGAAGCGGCCGUGCGCCAUCGCCCUCUCCAGUGACAGCCGCGCCAUCAUCCUAGCGGACAAGUUCGGCGAUGUGUACGCCCUACCCGUGGACCCGGACCGAGUCUCGCUCUCGGGAGAAACCGUCUCGCUCUUCGUCAAGCACCAGCGCGACUCCAGCAAGCCGGCUGCCAACGAGUACACGGUGCAUUCCAAGAUUAACCUGCGGAGUCUCGAGAUGCAGCACCGCGCUCUCGAGAAGAAGGGCAAAGAGCAGAAGGGUGCCAACGACGAGGGCAAUGCUGCUUCUUCCGAGGAGCCGGCGUUUGAACAUACUCUUAUCCUCGGACACGUCUCCAUGUUGACGGAUCUCUUGAUCGCUGAAUAUCAGGGGAAGCACUACAUCGUUACGUGUGAUCGUGAUGAGCACAUUCGCGUGUCGAGAUACAUACCGCAGGCCUACGUUAUCCAGUCAUUCUGUUUAGGCCACAAGGAGUUUGUCAACUCCAUUGCCGUGUCGGAGACGCAUCCCAAUCUCGUCCCGGCAGUCUUCCAUUGGAACCUCUCUGCCGAGGGCAAGCUCCAACACUGCAAGAUCAUUGCGCUGCCCAGCAACCCCCUCGAUAUCGCCAUAUCAGCCACCGCCGAGCCCAAGCUCAUCGUCACAGUCGACCCCAGCGGCUCUGAAUCAUCCCUAAGCCUGAUAGCCUACACUCUCGCUAGCGGCGAGGCGUGGCUCCUCCCUACGAACACGUUUGACGAGUCGGCUCCCGAGGGGACGGUGCUGGAUGUGUCGCCCGAGCAGAUCAAGAAGCUGCUUUACACGGUUGAGAGCCUCCGCAAGAGGGGCGCUCAACCCGGCGGCGAGGCGGAUGAGCAAGAGAAGUAG